GCUUUCAGGAAUGAGGCUCUUCGAGUUGCUUUCAUACAUGUAGAAGAGAAUGGUAGUGCAAGUGGUAAGAGGGAAUUCUAUUCAAAGCUUGUUAAAGCUGAUAUGCACGGAAAAGAUCAGGAAAUAUAUUCAAUCAAACUUCCUGGAGAUCCUAAGCUUGGGGAAGGGAAACCUGAAAACCAAAAUCACGCCAUAAUUUUCACCCGCGGAGAAGCUAUCCAAACUAUUGACAUGAACCAGGACAACUACUUGGAGGAGGCAAUGAAAAUGAGAAAUCUUCUUGAGGAAUUUCGUGGAAAUCAUGGAAUUCGGCCUCCUACCAUUCUUGGAGUCAGAGAGCAUGUUUUCACAGGAAGUGUCUCAUCUUUAGCCUGGUUCAUGUCCAAUCAAGAGACAAGCUUUGUGACCAUAGGCCAACGUGUGUUAGCAUAUCCACUCAAAGUUCGUAUGCACUAUGGACAUCCAGAUGUGUUUGAUCGAAUAUUCCAUAUAACUCGAGGUGGCAUCAGCAAGGCGUCACGUGUCAUUAAUAUCAGUGAGGACAUAUUUGCUGGGUUUAACUCCACGUUGAGGCAAGGAAAUGUAACGCACCAUGAGUAUAUUCAGGUUGGAAAGGGAAGAGAUGUAGGGUUAAAUCAGAUUGCCCUAUUUGAAGGGAAGGUAGCUGGUGGAAAUGGAGAGCAAGUCCUGAGUAGGGAUGUGUACAGGCUGGGACAACUUUUUGAUUUCAUUAGAAUGCUUUCUUUCUAUUUUACAACAGUUGGAUACUACGUAUGCACAAUGAUGACUGUCCUGACUGUGUAUGUAUUCUUGUAUGGGAGAGCAUAUCUGGCUUUUUCUGGGAUUGAUCGCGCAAUUGCAGUGGAAGCAGAAUUGUCUGGUAAUACUUCAUUAGAUGCAGUUCUGAACACGCAGUUCUUGGUUCAGAUUGGAGUCUUUACUGCAGUCCCUAUGAUUAUGGGUUUCAUACUUGAAUUAGGAUUGUUGAAGGUUUGUCAUCUGAAUCUAUUGAUCGAGGAUCUUUUCUCUUCUCCUAACUAUGCUCAGGAUGUGGUUCCCAUAUGCUUCCUGACUUGCAACUGGUAA